AUGGAUGAGAUUGCUGCUGCUGCUCUGCUGAGGACAUCACGGAACAUGUUCUAUCGCUUUAAUGACUCUGAGCUCAUAUUAUAUAGUCUGAGAGGUGCCGAGAUGACCACAGCCUCAGAGCUGUUUUCUGAGGAUGCUCGAGCACGGUUCUCACACACGAAAGCGUUGUUUGAACAGCUGGAACGACAACAAGAGCAGGUACCUUCGUUCUACUCCCCUCGUCCAUCACGUCAACCGCCUCCACUACCGCCAAAACCAACAGCUCCAUGUCCUGGAAGUCCACUUUCUCAGGUCGCCCGAAAUUUUUCCGAACUGGCAUCCGACUUGGAGUUGCUGAAUCGUGGAUCGCCGAGGGCUCAAGAGCCCUUAAAAUUCACGAGGAAUAUGCCAGUGACUCAGAGAUCACCCUACGACCAACCGAGCUCCGUCAACUACGAGUCUCCGCCCGCAUCGAACUAUGACCAGGCGUUGCGACAAAGAUCCAGCUACGAACCGUACUGGCGGGAUCCUUCCUACUACAGAAGACGAUUUGGAGAUGACCGAGACGAGAAUAAUGUGCUAGACGCAGACGCACAAGCGAUGCGACACACCACCUACGCGUUGGUGAAAACACGCCGAGACAUCGAUGACGACGACCGCCGAACGGUAUCGUCAAGAGGCGCAUCGUCCGAUGACGAACGUGUCGACGGGGUGCUCGAGACAAGACGAGGUCUCAGCCCGGAACGGGACCUCGAUCGCGACAGAAAGGUCUCCUUCAGCACAGCACCGAUACCUGUUUAUUGCACCCAUUCCGUUGAAGAAUAUGAUCGUAAAAAUGAAGAUAUUGAUCCAGUGGCCAGCUGUGCCGAAUAUGAACUGGAAAGGCGGUUAGAACGUAUGGAAUUAUUCGACGUUAUGCUUGAAAAAGGUCCUGAAGGAUUAGGAGUCUCCAUAAUUGGCAUGGGAGUGGGAGCCGAUUCGGGUUUGGAGAAGUUAGGGAUCUUCGUCAAGAAUAUCACCCCCGGAGGAGCUGUGCACAGAGACGGACGUGUACGAGUCUGCGAUCAGAUAGUGUCUGUUGACGGGAAAAGCCUCGUCGGAGUCAGUCAACUAUACGCUGCCGAGACGCUGCGAGCUACUUCUAAUCGGGUGCUAUUUACGAUUGGUCGAGAACCGAACUUGGAAGAAUCGGAGGUAGCUCAACUGAUUCGCCAAUCCCUUGAAGCCGAUCGUGCGCGAAUAAUCGGUGACGAAGGUGAAGAGAGCCAACCAGAAGAGAGCGAACCUCCGACGGCACGAAGUAUGGACGAGUCAGAGAUCAGAGCAAAAAUAGCAGCACUUGAAUUAGAACUCGAAAUGUCUCAAAAGAAAGCUGAUCAGAUGCACGAAGUAUUGGACAGCACGAAAACGCACUACGAUCAACUCGAGAAGAAAUACGACCAAGCGAAUCAACUGCUGAGGAACUAUCAAGAGAGAGAAAAAGAGCUGUUGUCCCGUGAAGAAAAUCACGUGGAGCAGUUACGGGAUAAAGAUGCACACUAUUCGCAUCUCGUCGCACAGUUGAAGGAACGCAUCGAGGAGUUGGAAGCGAAGCUCGAGGAAAUGGACCAACGUCGACAAUCCAUAGCAAACAAUGAGCUUACCGAACUCAGGGAUAAACUAAAGGAUAAGCUGGAGAAGCGCGAUGAGGGUUUGGCAUAUAAACCCGGAGGCGAACUUCCUCAUGAAGACAAAGCAGUAAUGGCGAAUAUGGAUGCAAAAGAGCCGAAAACGACAAUAAACAAUAAUGUCACGAGUCGAAAAGACGCUGAAGUGUCCACAUGGGAUGAUGACAAGUACUCCUCAUCAUGCGGAAGUCCUAUUCCACGAAUAUCCGAACCUGCUAGUCCAGCUCUACCGCACAAAUUCGUUCAUCGACGACUCCUAUUUCCUCUUAAGAAAAAAUAUGUGACAAAUGAGAACGAGUUCUGGCGAGCGUCGUGCGAGCAGAUCCAGGGCCUGCAAGUCUUGCACUGGACGGUAGAUGACGUAUGCCAGCUGUUGGUCUCCAUGGGACUCGACAAGUACGUCCCCGAAUUCACCAUUAACAAGAUCACCGGAGCGAAAUUUCUGGAUUUGGACGGAACUAAAUUAAAGGGAAUGGGUAUCCAGAAUCACUCCGAUCGUUCGUUGAUCAAAAAGAAGGUGAAGAUGAUCAAAAAUAGGAUAGAACGGGAGCGGAAGAUGUUGGAAAAGGAGAGUCGAACUCGAGUUAUCACACAAGGCAUGCAUAUCCAAAUGUACUCCCUUCAUCACUCUUUCCUCCUCUUUCAUAUCACAUUGCGACCAACAGCUGCUUUGUUCCAGAGCAUGUACCACAGAACGGAUUCAGUUACAGAACAAUCCAAACAGAUGAAAAGAGAAACUCGUAGAACAACACUGUGA